UGUCACCUGACUGAAAGAAGCUGAAUAUGUUCCAUAUAAGAUAGAGGAGAUCAUGACUCUCAGCCAUCUCCUACUGAAGUUUCAAGACGUCAAGACACGCAAACAGGAUGAAGCUGUUGAUCAUCGCAGCUGCCUCUCUGGCGGUGGUGAGCUGUGCCAGCCUCUCUCUGGAGGACCUGGAGUUCCACGCAUGGAAACUCAAGUUUGGCCGCUCCUAUGGCUCACCUGCUGAGGAGGCCCAGCGCAGGUCCACCUGGCUGGAGAACCGUAAACUGGUGCUGGUCCACAACAUCCUGGCUGACCAGGGCAUCAAGAGCUACCGCAUGGGCAUGAACUACUUCGCUGACAUGAGCAACCAGGAGUACCGAGACCUUGUGGUCGGCGGGUGCCUGAAGCGUAGCAACAGCAGCAAGUCUGGCAGCGCCUUCCUGAGCCUCAGCCUGAGAGACGUGCCCAAGGCCGUGGACUGGAGGGACAAGGGCUUUGUGACCGACGUCAAGGACCAGAAGGCCUGUGGCUCAUGCUGGGCCUUCAGCGCGACGGGCUCUCUCGAGGGCCAGAACUUUAAGAAAGGGGGAAAGCUGGUGUCUCUGAGCGAACAGCAGCUGGUGGACUGCUCCGGGGACUAUGGCAACAUGGGCUGUGGUGGCGGGCUCAUGGACCAGGCCUUCCAGUACAUUAAGGACAAUGGUGGCAUCGACACCGAGGAGUCCUACCCCUAUGAGGCUAAAGAUGGGAAGUGCCGCUUCAAGCCAGACAGCGUUGGUGCCACAUGCACCGGCUUCGUCGACAUCACCAGCGGAGACGAGAAUGCUCUGCAGGAAGCCGUGGCAACCGUGGGUCCCGUGUCAGUGGCCAUCGAUGCCGGACAUUCCUCCUUCCAGAUGUAUGAGUCAGGAGUCUAUGAUGAGCCCGACUGCAGCAGUGAGGAGCUGGACCAUGGAGUGCUGGCUGUGGGCUACGGAUCCGAGAAUGGGAAGGACUACUGGCUCGUCAAGAACAGCUGGGGUCUGUCCUGGGGUGAUAAGGGCUACAUCAAGAUGACCAGGAACAAGCACAACCAGUGCGGCAUCGCCACCGCCUCCAGCUACCCUCUGGUCUGAGGCGUCAUAGGGUCGGAGGUCAGAGGUUGGACCCUCCGGACGGAGCUCCGGGGUCCAGUUGCUACACCGUCCUCUUCAUCAACGGCCUCUUCAUUACACUCCAGAGACACAGGAGCACAGAGCAAAACUAAACCGUUUUAGCAUGUUCAUGCAUGUACACAUCAUGUAGCCGAGAGCCGAGACAUCUCGUUUCUGUAAUUUAUUCUUAAUGGGGGAAAAGAAUACAUACUAUUAUAAGAGAAGUCUGAUUAUGACGUUCUUUAUUAAUAAUUCCUGAAUUCUAUAACACAUUAACAAACAAAAAAUGUCUUUACCUUAGGAUUUUGUGGUCUUGAUAGAAGACUAUAAGACUGUAUAGCAACUGUUUUUUCUAUUUUGUGGCUGUGUGGAUGAGACAAACAUGUCCAACUGUAAAAAUAAAUACAAAAUAAAAGGAACCUGAACACUA